AUGCGUCUCAAAGCUGACAUCCUCAUGGACGCUGCAGGUGCCACAGGCUUCACUGGAGCAACAGGUUUCACCGGACCCACAGGCCCGACUGGGGAAAGCCUGGGAGGCCUGGGAGCUACAGUCACAGCCACCGCGUCCCUGCAACAGGGAGUCCCUGUCACCAUCAUCGUGGCGGGCCAGGGUGACUCCGGCGGCAACUACUUUAAUGCACCAGGCGCGGGUGGCGGGGGCCUUAGUGCUGUCUACACCAACGGUCAAGCUGCACCAACAAUUGUAGCAGUGCUGCAAAUGCAUCGCCAGCUGGUGGAGCUGGCGGCGGGAGUGGAGCUGGCACGGGGACACCAGGGCAAGGAGGAUGGUGGAUAUGGUGGCGGCGGCGGGGGUGGCAGUGGUGCUGGCUUCAAUGGUGGCGGUGGAGGCGGUGCAGGCUAUGUAGGUGGCGCGGGCGCAAGCAAUGGACAGCCUCCUGGCAACGCCGGUGCUGGGUCCUCCUAUCUUGCUGCGUCCGUCAACGGCAACUGCGCAGGGCUGGCCGGAAACUCAGGCAACGGCUACGUCAACGUGUAUGAGUUCCCGUGA